AUGUCUGGUGAAAAGCGCCCUGCUCCAGAGGGCUUUGGGACCUCGCACCAGCUCGUGGUCAAGCGGAAUAAGGCCGCCGAAAACGCAGGAACCGAGCUUGUGAAGGGCUCCUCGCAAAAUGGAGCCCUCAUUCAAUCUGUAUGCGCGAAACUUGCCCUUGAAGGUCAAGGGGCUUCCACAGAAUAUAACCAGCUUAUUCGAGUCUACAGGUUCCUCGCACAAGUGGUUUGGAUGCUCCUAUCAUGGAGCUCACCGGACCUACUAGGCCACUCUGGCGAAGUGUUUGCAGUUCGAUUCGACCCUACUGCGCAACAUAUGGCAUCUGGAGCCAUGGAUCGCUCCAUUUUGUUGUGGAAUACGUACGGACAAUGCGAAAACUAUGGCCAAUUGACAGGCCACCGGGGAGCUGUGUUAGAUCUUCAGUGGUCACGCGAUUCGCGGGCACUGUUCUCAGCUUCCGCAGACAUGACCCUCGGAAGCUGGGAUGUCGAGACUGGAGAACGAGUACGCCGUCACGUGGGCCAUGAAGAGAUCAUCAACUGUCUCGAUAUCAGCAAAAGAGGACAGGAGCUUCUAGUUAGUGGUAGUGAUGAUGGGUCCAUCGGCAUCUGGGAUCCUCGGCAGAAGGAUGCUCUGGACUACCUCCAGACUGAACUCCCUAUCACCGCAGUGGCAUUGUCCGAAGCUGGUAAUGAGAUCUACAGUGGAGGUAUUGACAACACAAUCCACGCCUGGGAUAUUCGGAAGAAGGCCAUAGUCUACUCGAUGACCGGACACACAGAUACCAUCACAUCGCUACAAAUCUCGCCAGACUCACAGACUUUGCUGUCGAACUCCCAUGACUCUACUGUUCGCACAUGGGACAUUCGUCCCUUCGCCCCUACCAACCGGCAAGUGAAGACCUACGAUGGCGCUCCUGUCGGACUGGAGAAAAACCUCAUCCGCGCCAGCUGGGAUCCCAAGGGCGAGAAGAUUGCUGCAGGCAGUGGUGAUCGAAGUGUGGUCGUUUGGGAGGCCAAGACUGGUAAAUUGCUGUACAAACUUCCCGGUCAUAAGGGCACUGUCAAUGACGUGCGCUUCUCUCCCAAUGAUGAGCCAAUCAUCAUUUCUUGCUCCUCCGAUCGGAACCUGAUGCUCGGAGAGCUGGGCAAAUAA